AUGUCAAGUACAAAUGCAACAAUAUCGUAUAUUGCUAAGCUUCAAUAUAUUUCGGGACAAUUGUCUCUAUAUAUGUCAGUUGUUAUCCUUGUUUCUGGCUUGAUCGGUAAUCUACUUAAUUGUUUAGUAUUUACACAGCAAUCACUUCGGUCAAGACCAUGUGUCAUCUAUUUUCUUGUGGCUAGUAUAUUGAAUUUAAUUAUUAUUUUCUCGGGUGUUGCACCGCGUGCACUUCAAAGCUUUUUUAUGAUUCCGGAUCGAACAGAGACAGUAUCAACAUUAUGUAAACUACGUCUUGUUGUUCUUUUUACAAUGCGUACUAUUUCAUCAUGGCUUUUAACUCUUGCCAGUUUGGAUCGUUAUUUGAUUUCAAGUUCUCAUGUUAAUAGACGCCAAAUGAGCAAUUUGAAAAAUGCUUAUCUUUGGAUUUUAAUUGUUAGCAUAAUUUCAGUUCUAGUCUGGGCUGAAGCUGGCUACUGUUUUGAUGCUAAUAUGGUUGGUACACCUCAAAAAUGUUAUGCUAAAUCUGAUGCAUGUCGUAUCUUUAAUGAUCUUGCUCAAUCACUUA